AUACGGCCUGUGUAGUGUGUAGGGCCUGGAUCCAGGGCUUCCCUUGUGCUCCCAUGCAGAGAGGACCCCCCCCAGGGGAGCUGAUGCCAGCUGAGACAGAAAAACAAGGGUCUAAGAUCUAAGUCGCAUCAUGGCGGAAGAGAGCCUGGAGACAGAUGGCCCCAGAUCCUCCAUGCCAGCUGAGCUCCACCAUCCCCACUCUAAGUACUCUCAGUGGAAGUUUAAACUGUUUAGGGUGAGGUCCAUGGAGAAGGCCCCUCUGCCCAGUGAGACACAGCCUGAGAAAGGAGUCUUGUUAGGGAUCUCACCUCCUGCAGCUCCAAAAAUAGAGUUAGAUAAUGGUGUGGGUCCAGGGAGUGUUAUGAAAUUAUGCCUUGGGGGAAAAAGCAAGGAGAAUGUGGAGGGCCCGGGCCGGAGGGUGGAUAAGAAGCUAGAGGAAAUGGACACCCACAUGAACCACCUCAGGUGUCUCUGUCGUCUCUGUGGGAUGGCCCUGAGGAAAAUCAAGGGACCAGUGCAUGAAGUUCAUGGGGAUCUGGAUGAGGCCAGUAAAGGUGUCCUGCGUAAAAUGGGCUGCAAGUUUACCAACUGGCCAGAGGUCAUCCUAAAAGUCUUCAAAGUGGACGUGACAGAGGACACAGAAUCUGUCCACCCUCUUUCCUUCUGCCAUCGCUGCUGGAUGGCUGCCAUACGAGGAGGGGGAGUUUGCAGUUUCUCCAGAAUAAGAGUCCCAGAGUGGAAACCCCACUCUUCCCUCUGCCACCUUUGCUCCCCCAAGAAAUGUUCAUUCCAGCGGACUGGGAGGAAGAGGAGGAAAACAAUUCCCAGAGCCCAGAGCCUAGCAAAAAAGACCAGGCGGGAGCACGCAGACAGCAUUGCCAUUGGAGAGAGGAGAGUUCUGAGACCAUUCGGAGACCGUCAUCAUGGUCCGGUGCUGAGGGGCUGGAGGAAACCCAGCAUCCAGAGAGAGAAAUGGGUGAGGAACAUCACACACUGCCAGAAAGACCACCUGAGUACCAAGUUGAUCUCUGAGAAGCUCCCUGUGGACUUUGUCUUUUCUUUCACUUGCUUGGUGUGUGACCACCUGCUCUUUGAUCCAGUUCAGUCCCCCUGUGGACACCUCUUCUGCCGCAGCUGUAUUAUAAAAUUCAACCACAUUCUGGGACCUCACUGCCCAGCCUGCAACUUGCCCUGUACGCCUGAUGAUCUCACCCCACCUGCCAAAGCCUUUUUAUCAGCUCUGCAUUCCCUGCCUGUGCUUUGCCCCAGAGGUGGCUGUGGUGAGCAGGUGAGGCUUGACUCAUUUAAAGCCCACUGUCUGGACCAUGAGCUGAAUGACCAGGAUGCAGACAAGCAGCCAUCAGAACUUAAUAACUACCUCCUGGCCAAUAAAGGGGGAAGACCCCGUCAGCACUUGCUGUCGCUCACACGUCGUGCUCAGAAGCAUCGGUUGAGGGAUCUGAAGAACCAGGUGAAGGUGUUUGCAGACAAAGAGGAAGGUGGCGACCUGAAGUCUGUGUGUCUGACACUGUUCCUGCUUGCACUGAGAUCUGGGAACGAGCACCGGCAGGCAGAUGAGCUCGAGGCCUUGAUGCAAGGCAGAGGCCUUGGUUUGCAUCCUGCAGUGUGCUUGGCCAUUCGUGUGAACACUUUCCUGAGCUGCAGCCAGUAUCACAAGAUGUACCGGACUGUCAAGGCCACCAGUGGCCGCCAGAUCUUUCAGCCCCUGCACACCCUCCGAGCUGCUGAGAAGGAGCUUCUCCCUGGCUUUCACCAGUUUGAAUGGCAGCCAGCUCUCAAGAAUGUGUCUACAUCUUGCAAUGUUGGCAUCAUUAAUGGGCUCUCUGGAUGGGCUUCCUCGGUGGAUGACUCCCCAGCUGACACCAUAAGUCGGCGGUUUCGCUAUGAUGUGGCACUGGUGUCAGCAUUAAAGGAUCUGGAGGAGGACAUUGUGGAGGGGCUGCGAGAGAAUGGGAUGGAAGACAGCACUUGCACCUCAGGCUUUAGUGUCAUGAUCAAGGAAUGUUGUGAUGGCAUGGGGGAUGUCAGCGAGAAGCACGGUGGAGGACCAGCUGUUCCCGAGAAGGCUGUACGUUUCUCUUUCACUGUGAUGUCUAUCUCUGUUGUGGCAGAUGAUAAGGAGGAGAAGGUUACAAUCUUCACUGAGCCAAAGCCAAACUCAGAGCUGUCCUGUAAGCCCCUUUGCCUGAUGUUUGUGGAUGAGUCAGACCACGAGACACUCACAGCUGUCCUGGGGCCUAUAGUUGCAGAGCGUAAUGCAAUGAAAGAGAGCAGGCUCAUCCUAUCUAUUGGCGGCCUGCCUCGCUCCUUCCGCUUCCACUUCAGAGGCACUGGAUAUGAUGAGAAGAUGGUGCGAGAGAUGGAAGGCCUGGAGUCCUCGGGGUCCACAUAUAUCUGCACUCUGUGUGAUGCCAGUCGGGCAGAAGCCUCUCAAAACAUGGUGCUACACUCCAUCACCCGCUGUCAUGAAGAGAACCUAGAACGUUAUGAAAUAUGGAGAACCAACCCCUUCUCUGAGUCUGUAGAUGAGCUGCGAGACAGAGUCAAAGGGGUCUCUGCCAAGCCCUUCAUGGAGACCCAUCCCAUGCUAGAUGCAUUACACUGUGACAUUGGCAAUGCCACUGAGUUCUACAAAAUCUUCCAGGACGAGAUCGGGGAGGUCUAUCAGAAGGCCAACCCCAGCCGAGAGGAACGGCGCAGCUGGAGGGCAGCCCUAGAUAAACAGCUGAGGAAGAAGAUGAAGCUUAAACCGGUAAUGAGGAUGAAUGGGAACUACGCCCGCAGGUUAAUGACCAUGGAGGCUGCGGAGGUGGUUUGUGAACUGGUGCCCUCAGAGGAGAGGAGGGAGGCCCUGAGGGAGCUUAUGAGGCUCUAUCUCCAGAUGAGGCCUGUGUGGCGUGCCACCUGUCCAGCCAAGGAAUGCCCUGACCAGCUGUGCCGCUACAGCUUUAACUCCCAGCGCUUCGCUGACCUCCUCUCCUCCACUUUCAAAUACAGGUACAAUGGAAAGAUAACCAAUUACCUACACAAGACCCUGGCACAUGUGCCUGAAAUCAUUGAGAGAGAUGGAUCCAUAGGAGCCUGGGCCAGUGAGGGGAACGAGUCAGCAAACAAACUGUUCAGGCGUUUUCGGAAGAUGAACGCACGCCAGUCAAAGACCUUUGAACUCGAGGAUGUGUUGAAACAUCACUGGCUCUACACGUCCAAGUACUUGCAGAAGUUCAUGGAGGCUCACAAGGACUCAGCCAAAGCUCUGCAAGCUACCAUUGACCCAGUAGAGAUGCAGGAUGAGGAGGAUAUGUCUCUGGAAAUUAAUGAUUUUUGAUUGAUGUGAACCUUAAGUACUAAUGUUUAAUACUAAUGUUUGAUUGCUUUUGUUGAUAGUUGAUAGUUGUAUAAUCUGUUAACUGCCUCUAUCAAUAAUAUGGACUUGUUUAUAAAUUCUGAAUUUACUUUCAAUAUCCAUUGAUUAAGAUUUAGAAUAAACUGGGCAAUGGAGCCAGCAUUAUAAUACUUUGAGCAGGAGACUGAAAGAAUUUCUGAGGUUUUCUUGUGAUUUAAGUAUCUUUGCAAAUUUAAACAAAACAUCAUUUACUGUUGGAUUUUACAAAAGACCAUUUCAUUAAAUAACCAAUUUCUUUAACUUAAGUUGAGUAAUUUACAGAACGUUAUCCUCACACCAUUGAAUGUUUGCUUGCAUUUGAACUGCCUUGUUUUUGAGAGGUUUUAUACAUAUAAAUUUGUCUUGCCUUAUUUUGUUAGCAAAGAUGGGACAGCAGUGGAAUAUGGGAACAACACUCAGGUUUCUUUUCGCUUGCUCCGAGUGGGAUACUUCUUUCCUUUAUCUUCACCGUCUGUGAAAUAUGGUGCAGUUUAUUGUAUAGCAAGGAUAUGACACAUUUAUGAAUUUAUAUAGUGAGGAUAUUUAUGGAAACAGAUGAAAGCACUGUAAGUCAUGGAGGGAAAUUGUGUUAAAAAGACCACAUUUGUGGCCACUGUAUUAAUAUAUCAUUUGAGCUGGUGCAAAAUACAAUCACAGAGACCCAAAUGUUCUUUGUUUCAUGAGUGCCCUCUGAAAAAGAUUACUUUAGUGCUUUAUCAUGUGAUCCCUGAGGGCCAGAAUAGAUGCCAGGUCACUUUGAACCAAUUUUUAUCUCUUUAAGUUUUUGCACAGUGCAGGAUAGAUGAUACUUAUUCGAAUUCUUCACAUAGAAUAAAGCAUAUACUGACCUUUUUGUUGAUAUCAUAAAAAUACAGUAUGGUCCAUUACGGAGCCUAAUAUCCCAUGGACUUUCUGGCAGGCAGGGGUUUUUCUAAAGUUCUGUAUAUAACCUGGCUCUUCUUCUCUGCUGAUAUUUCUUCAUCGCCAUGGUUGACAGAGGAGAGGAGGGAUGGGGCUGGAGCAAGAGAGACCUGAUUUAAACUGAUUUGUUGGCAACUUUAUUUGUUUGAUUGAUUGAUUAUAUUGUCUUUUUCCGCCCUCACCAUUUUGAAUUGUGACAGGCAAUUUUGUUUUCUUAUUUGAUUGAAUGAUUUUUUUUACUGUCACAGGUUUAACCAUGUGACAGCUGUGAAAUAUUCACAUUUCAUUUGAUAGUUGUCACACUUGUACAAUAACAUCAUGUUUUGAGUGCAUUAUAUUGCAACUUGUCUCAAAUUUGUUUUUUUGCUGUAAUGAAUUGCAUUUCCAAAGUAAUGGAUGAUGGAUGAUUCACAAAAUUCCACUUGUUCACUUUUUACCAUGUACUUCCUCAUUUUGUUUUUCCAUACUACACUAAAUCUCAGGUAAACUGUUUACUGGGGCUGCAGGAGGAAGAUUCUCUGUGGUGAUUUAUUUUGCAUACUGGUGCAGUAUUACACUGAAGCUGCACUACCUUUACACAUAUUGUUUAUUUUUAAAUGCUAUAUUAUAUUCACACUUUUCUGCUGUAUUUUCACUGAACCAGGCCAUUUACCAUCCUUUCAAUGAAUCACCUUUGUGGAGGAGGGAGGUUUUUUUUAAACUACUUUUUUUAGAAUUUGUUUCCACAAAAGAAUAAAUAAAGACAAA